AUGGAUUUCCCAAACUCAAAUAUAUCUACUCUCACACGACUAUCUCAGCCCAAACUUCUUUCUAGGAACGACCACUCUUUACCACCGGCAGCGACCACUGAAGUACUAUAUCCAACUUCUGUAACUUUAGCCGCGCAGGUUGUUGAUCGACUGCGAUGGUGGCGCACGCAACGAAUUUCUGAACACCCCUUCCCCUUAGACCAUUACGUUUUCAAUGACUGCUAUGUUAACUACUUUCCGUUUGGGAAGCGUCUCUUGUCCUCGCAGGUGAGGGCAGCGCUUCGACGAGCGCGGCGUGUGUUAGCAAAUCAAAAGGUUUCUUUAUUCCCGGCACCUGUUCUGUCAGAAGGGUCUAGAGUUAGUCGUAGCCACACCCAGAGACCUGGGGGGGGAAGAGGGCAGGAGGUCCCGCCGCAGGAUUCGCCGUCCGCGGAUCCGGGCCGUCUUCUCAGUGAGGGCGCGCCGGGAGACGCCCAGGCAGGUGGUCGCACACACACAAGCGAUCGAAACGGCCGCCACGCCCCCCAGGAAAGCUACGGAAGGUCGCGAGAGACUCCUGUGGGUGCCCCACAUUACCCGCAUCACGAUCACCGGGAUCGCCCCCUCACUUCCUCGCUCUCUGAGGUGCAUGACGGCGAGAGAACACCGAAUAACAAGCGGUGCGCGCCCAAUGGGGAUGGAGCCAUCGCCCCGAUCGUGGAGCCGCGGCAGGGGGAGAGAGCCAGCGCUACGUUUCGCACGGAAUCCGCCGCGUGUGGGUCGCCACUCCAGUCCAAGCGAAACCACCCCGGCAAGACUGGAAGGGGGGAGGCCCCUUGUGCCCCUUUUCUUUGUUCAUGCACUUCGCAACCCACCUACGUCGGGGGGAAUCACCACCUUAGCCAUAACGGCCGCCUCGAUUGUCAGGCUUUCAACAAACGCGAGGUUCACCGGGCGAUGACGCUUCUUCGACUUUAUAGCCGCCGAGCCGCCUCCGCGCCACUACGACGAGAUUGGCUGCUGAAGGAUUCCUUCAGUUUCUCUGGCGACCAUCUUUCCAUGGAUACCAGCCGGACGACUUCUUUUCGUCGCUAUCUGCUCGCUUCCCAGGGGGAUGCGUCUUCUCGGGCGCCGCAUCUCCGUGAUCACGAGCCCACCCGUGGGGGAGCGGACUCGGUGAACUCCCGCUUUCCCUCAAGCAGCGCGCGGCAGCGGGAAAAGGCGGUGGUGCUGCACCACCCGCCUCGGUUAGUGAUUUUUAACCGGGAUAUGGCGGCCUCUCAGGCCAUCCAAGUCGCCGAGGUGACCUCGCUCGAUGUCAAGGGCAACCGACUCCUCGCGGAUUCCGCCGAGGUACUGGAUCUUGGCAGCAUGCCGCUGUUCUCGUAUGAAUGCCACUUUUAUCGAGAGCAGCUUCGCCACCCGGCGUCCCCUCUCCCGGUCGCGGUUCCAGACCACCCUGGGGACGGGCUGGCUUCCCCACUGCGACCCUCAAUUAGGUCUUCUUUCCGUGAACAACCCCGUGUUCAUCAUCGUCUCUCGCUCCGCGCGUCGUCGGUGCCGAGCUUGCCACGUUUAGUUUGUGGAAAAGGGCUGUUUCGCGCACGGUCGAGGCGAACCACACGAUCGCAUUGCUACGCACCCUACAAUGCUCCCUUAUCCCCGUGUAAGGCUCCUGAUAAUGGCUCAAGCCAGAUGUCGCUCUAUAAGCGGGUGAGUAAUCUACAGGAUUUUUACGUCUUUAAUCCAUUGGUGGAUUGCAUCGGGGCCGGCUCCUUCUCGAAGGUCUACGCGGCGGUUCCAAUACUACGCGGCCCCGCGACGCAUGCCUGGAGGCUCACGUUGAGUGGAGAAGGACUGGGCUGUUCUCAUACAAGGAAUCAAAGGGCGGAGGUGUAUGCCGCUGCCUCACCAGUCUUGCGGGGGUUGCCGGCCCCGUCGGUGAGCGAGAUGAGUGUCGCGGUUAAGGUGAUCGCGUGCAAUGACUUCGCGCUCGCCGACGGUGCGCGGAAUCAUGACGAGCAAUUGCAUUCUAUUUCGUCUUACCACGACCCAAAGUGUGAGGAUACUAACGACGUCAGCGCCGUAGCCGCACGUAUUAAGUGCCGCAUCAAACUAGUAGAGGUUGAGCGAGAGAUUAGUAUUCUACGUCGUCUAAACCACAGUGGGUGCUCUCGCUUUUACGAGGCGCUUCGCACCCCUGACGAGCUUUUGAUUGCAAUGCAGCUCCACCCAGGCUCCAUGAAUCUGCGCCAGUACCUUGAGCACUUUGGCCCGCCACCCGAAGCCUACACCGCACUCAUGAUAUACCAGCUGAUGGAAACGUUGCAAUACCUCCACAACGUUUUUGGGCUCAUUCAUCGUGAUAUCAAGCUAGAAAAUCUCCUCGCCUCACUGAUUCCAGAAUCCCCCGAGGACAUCUGCGAGGUUAUAGGGGCAGAGGGGAGCCGGUCUGACUCGACUUUUCGAACCCCGCAUCCCAAGCAUGCUGCCACGCCAAAAGCGGAAGGCCGCUCGAACAUCGGCAUUUCGGGGGGGAGCUCCCCUUCAGUGGAUAUGAAUGAUGCGCGACCUGUGCGUGGUGCCACCGCGGACGCGGUAUCGAUGCUGCGUCUUACCCUUAUCGACUUUGGAUUGGCGCGCCGCACGACGAGGCGUCCUUCACACGUCAGCACCGAUAAGAGGCAUUUUGCGGGCGUGCCGUCGACACACGCGAAUCACCCCCUCAGUGGCAUUCUCGAUGCUGCGGAGACGACGCGCAGUUUAGUUCAUGAAGGAAUGCCGAGCCCAAUGCCGUCUACCAACUUACUCUGCCCACUCCUUGAGGCGGAAGGGAUUGACGAGGAGGAAGAGGAAGGUGAGGGCGAGACAGAAGAGGGUGAGGCAUACAGCACAGAGAUGGAUGCUAGCGAGACGUCUUCGGCUGAGUCUUCGUCAUCGUCUUCCAGCGAUGGGGUCGAGUCUGCUGAGGCUGGGGAGGGGCUCGUGGGUGUGGGUGAGGUCAUAGACCCGAAGCCACCAUCGGUAGCUACUGGGCACUCCCUAAGUGACUCCAAUCCACUUAAGGCGAAUAAGGGGGCCUUGGCGUCGGUUCGCCUCAACGAAGAAUGUUUAGACAUGACCCCCAAUGUGUCCAGGGAGGCGGCCACCAUCGAUGGACAUCUUAGUUCCGUCUCCGGUUCCUGCACACACGGAAAGGAUCCCAAGGAACGAGCCUGCCCCAAAGGCGAAGACUCUACCGCACCGUUUGAGAGCCCUUCCGGGGUUUCUUCAACAUCGUACUCUACUUUUCCACUGCACCGCGACGGUGCAACUUGCCGAGAUGUAGACAAGCCGCCGAGAGGCGACGCGGAGGAUCACGGUCAUGGAAAUUUGGUUUCAAACGGUAGUCGUAACCUUCAGAGCGUGGAUCGUCGAGGCUUAGCUGACACGAGCACAAUAAAAGCCCAAGGUGCGCCGGGAUGUAGUGCGUUGGCGCCUUCCAUCGAAGUACCACUGUCAGCAUGUGAGGAGGUAUCGAUUCGGGCAGCGGCUAUUGCGCGUAGUGGCAACCACUUCCCCCUCGAGGGAAGUGCAACCCUGCUCCUGACGCCGUGUGGGACAGAAAAGUACUUGGCACCCGAAAUGACGGAUUGGAUCUUGAGACACUCGUGGUCGCAUAGGCCGACUUCUGUUGCCAUGGCCAAGCAAUUGGAUACGUACGCGGUGGGCAUCGUUACGUACGUACUGCUCAGUGGGUGCUUUCCUUUCAACGCCACGACGCGGGCGACGCUAUUGGAGCAACAACGGCACGUCCCGCGAUGUAAUAGCACCCGGUGGAAGACGGUCAGCGAGCAGGGCAUUGCCUUUGUGCAGGCGCUGUUGGAACCGGACCCGUCGAAGCGCAUGACAGCGAAGGAGGCUCUAGAACAUCCUUUCCUGCGCGAGGCCGCACACCACGCGCGGCGGCUAAAUCUCGUGCCGCGUCCCGAUUACCCUACUGAACGCGACCCCCCAAUGCGGACCGCCUAUGAAUCAGGUACUUCUCUCGCCGCCACAGAGAACCGCGGCAGAGGGCGAUACCCCACUGUGCGGCGACCUUCCCAGGUUGCAAGCACGAACUCCCCAUCACCGGCGUCCAUGUUACAUACGGCAGCGACACGGCCACUUCCUCAUCCUGUGGAUCAUCCGAAGACGGCGGGCUCGCUGACCUCGCCACGAGAUCUCUCCUCUCAGAGGUUGGAGAUAGUGCUGUCUUCGGCGGCGACCUUAUCAGCGUCCCCACUCCACCCGAGCCGUGGCUCCCCUUUCCUCCCCUCAUCGGCCUCUGCGCCGCCGAGAAAUCCGCUUCCCGGAGCUCCGCCGCCGUCUCCGCUCAGCGAUGACCGAGACGCGACCGGGCUUCUCAUAGAGCGUCACUCGCGGCCCGCUUCGACCGCCACUGACCCUCUUUGGCAGGCCGGAGCCAAAGUAGUGGGCUCGGCCCCCCCACCCCUGUCCCGACAUCCCGUCCACACCGACCAGGGCCCUUCACCGGCGAUGCUUGUCCCAGAGAAGGAAAAGGAAAAAGAGAGGGAGGUGUGUGUGUGUCCCACCAUGGGCGUGCGGAGCCCGGGACACCCUCCUCUGCGGAGUCCCUUCGCCUUGCCUGGCUCCUCGCUCGACGAGGUGCCUGUCCCGGAGGUGGGGGGUCGUUCCAUCCAUUCGGGGGAGCCCCAGGAUGGCACGAGUGAUAAUAGUGAUCUGUUUGAUCAGCUUUAUAACAAUAUCAUGUCUGGAAUGUAG